AUGGGACAAAUACUUUCACAGCCAGUUGUUGAAAAACAUUCUGAAGAAGGUAAAGAUAAAUACUUGGCUUAUGGGUUAUCCUGUAUGCAAGGUUGGAGAAUCAAUAUGGAAGAUUCUCAUGCUACCAUUUUGAAUUUGUACAACUUACCGGUUAAAAAAGAUGACGAAGAAGAUGAAAAAUCAAAAGAAUCUAAAUCUACUGAAUCUACUCAAAAGGAUAAUUCUCAAGAUGUUAAAGAUGCUGAUAAUGACACGCAAAUGGAUGAUGAAACUACUGAUAACUCCAAGGACCAUAUUGCAUUCUUUGGGGUUUAUGAUGGUCAUGGUGGUGAAAAAGCUGCCAUUUUCACAGGUGAAAAAUUACAUCAAUUGGUUAAAUCAACUGCUGAAUUCAACAAGAAGGAUUAUAUCAAUGCAUUGAAACAAGGUUUCUUGGCUUGUGAUCAAGCUAUCUUGAAUGAUUUUUACAUGAGAGAUGAUGAUAGUGGUUGUGCUGCCACUUCUGCCAUUAUUACCAAAGAUUUAAUUGUUUGUGGUAAUGCUGGUGAUUCUAGAACUAUAAUGUCUACUAAUGGUUAUGCUAAAGCUUUAUCUUUUGAUCAUAAACCUUCAAACGAAGGUGAAAAGGCGCGUAUCUGUGCUGCCGGUGGUUACGUUGAUAUGGGUAGAGUUAAUGGUAACUUGGCCUUAUCUCGUGGUAUCGGUGAUUUUGAUUUUAAAAAGAAUGUCGAUUUACCAGCUGAAGAACAAAUUGUCACUUGUUAUCCUGAUGUGAUACAACAUGAAAUUGAUUUCGAAACUGAUGAAUUUGUUGUCUUGGCUUGUGAUGGUAUCUGGGAUUGUUUGACUUCUCAAAAAUGUGUUGAAUGUGUUAGAAGAGGGAUUUAUGAAAAGAAGACUUUGACUACUAUAUCCGAAGAAAUUAUGGAUUUAUGUUGUGCCCCAACUUCUGAUGGUUCUGGUAUUGGUUGUGAUAACAUGUCUAUUGUCAUUGUUGCAUUAUUAGACCACACCAAGAAUGAGACUUUAGACCAAUGGUAUGAAAAGAUUAUUUCCAGAAUCGAAAUUGCCGAAAAGGAAAAAAAUAAAGACGAAACUUCUAAAUAUGGUCCAAUUUCCGCCCCUUAUAAUGACAUAUAUAAAGAAAUGUAUGGUGAAUAUUAUGAUAUUGGUCAACAAGGUCAAUCCAGUCAAAGAAGUAAUGCUGGAGCUGGUGGUGCAUUUGGUGGAGCUGGUGCUUCUGCCAAUGGAAACUCCAUCUUUGGUAGAAGUGGGUAUGAUGAUGAUGACGAAGACAAAGUAGAUGGAGAAGAAGAAUCAGCUUUGAAUGGCGGAGCCAUCUCCUUACAGAAAUUGUUGGCUUCAAAUGCUAUAACCAAUGAAAAUGGUGUGAUAUAUUUGGACACCUCUUCUGCUCAAUCUUUAUUGGCACAUUUUGGUGUCGCUGAUCCAAAUGCUGCUGAUGAUGAUGUUGAAGAAGUAGAAGAUGACGAAGAAGAAGAUACUCACCAAGGACGUGCUGCCGAAAUUGAUGUUGAUGAUGAUAACCAACCAAAAGUUGAAGAAAUCGAAGAGCAACAAGGUGAAGUUAAAAAGGAUUAG